AUGUCGUUUGAGGAACGCACGCCCCGGUCGCAGCAGGAUAGUCUUGGCGCCGCCGCCGCUGCUGCAGAUGAUGGGGCGCUGGGCGGCGUUGCGGAGGCGGAGAAACAGCCAAAUGGUGAGGCGGCGCCGCCGUCGGAAGCACGAGCUUGGUCGUGGUCGUCACUCAUGGGCGUUGUGUGCCCCCAGCAGAUGAAACAGACCGAAAAAAGCCCAGUCGACAGCGUUGAGAGUGGAAGAGAAAACAGCGAAGAUGCGGUUUCACUUGCGUGGCGUCAGAUGUCUGCGCUUAUCUACAACAGUUUGAUUCCGUUUUCAAUGAUGUCCCAGCAGCAGCAGCAGCAAAAGGAUCAACCCAAGAUAAAGCCCAACACGUUUAUUCGCCCCGCUUAUUGUAGCCAGUGUCUGCUGAUGCAUGCCGUAGAGGAUAACACUGGGUCUGCAACGGCGAGUGACGGCAGUGAGGCGGAACCACUGUUGCUUCCCUGCGGCACUCAACCGCGACUCGGGCCGGCGGUGAACUGCUGCGCCAGGUGCAACCUCGCCUUGCACCCGGCUUGCUUCCACGCUAUGGACCCCACGACGCACGACGGAGUAGCAGCAGAGUCCUCGGUGGUGACCAGGGAGGGGAACUCGUCGGACUGGACGACGUAUGACAUGUCGUCCGCUUUGCGUUUCAUUGCAUCUCUUGUGUUCAAAGAUCCUAAUGCUGAGAUUUACCUGCGUGACUUCAUGUUGUUGCUGCAUCGCUUCUCCAAACGCCAUCCAUCUAUUAUGCGGUGCGCGUUGGACCCGCGCAACAUCGUCUCCGUGAGGGAGCGCCACAGUGAGAUGUACAGUCUCUGCUGCGACGCGCUGGCCGACGCGGACUUCGUGCAGGCGGCGGGCGGUGGCGGCGACGGGCCAACGAUGCAGUUCCUCCGUGACAUGAUGCGCUUCGCCACAGCCGUGUACGGGCAGGCGUACCAAAGCGGCUUCCUGAGCUCCGUGAUGUGGGGUGUGGUGAUGCGCGGUGUGCGCCGCGACCUCCUCACACCGGACGAGGCGUCGAACAACAAGGCGGUGGCGGAGAUUCUCUCCAUGCCGGAGUCCUGCGUGCAGGCUGCACGGUGGUCGCAGAACGCCAUGGAGCCGAAUUACUGCAUUAUCCUCGACCACGCUGCGAAGCGCAUCGUGUGGGCGUUUCGCGGAACGCUGAGCGACGAUGAUAUUCUCAGCGACGUCUGCGCGUACGGUGUGCCGUUCUGCGGCGGCCGCGCUCACGAAGGCGCGGUGCGUAUUGUGUCGGCUGUAUUUGAUAACCGAGAUACAGCGACCACUCUCUUGCCGUGUGGCAAUAACAGCAGCAACAACGGCAGUGUCACGCGCGGUAGUAAGGCAACUGCCGAUCGGGGAAUUAGUGUCGUCUGCGAGCUGUUGCAACGCCACCCCGACUACGAAAUCACCAUCACUGGUCACAGCCUUGGCGGCGGCGUUGCGCUCCUUUUCGGCGUGCGUGCGAUACGGGAGAAAACCUUUGGCGAAGAGGCAACGAAGCGGAUGCGUGUUGUGGCCUUCGGCCCAAUGCCAGUUUUGACAUUCCCUGCUGCCCAGUCGUUCGAAAAUCAGAUGUGGAGUGUCGUGAACGGUUGCGACGCCGUGUGCCGCCUGCAGCUCAACUCUCUCGACCGACUGGCUGCGGAGUUGGCGCAUGCUAAAAAGCAGCAGGAAACUGCUGCUGUUGGGAGUGAAACGGAGAGUACCAAACGUUGCGACAAUGGCCCAUCCCCUGACCUCCCACCAGAGCUCUCUACUCUGACGCCGACGUGUGCAACAACAGCGGCAGAAGCACAGCCUACCGACACGGAAGACUUGACGGAGGAGAUGCACCACCCAGGGCGCGUGUUUAUGCUCACAACACCAUGGCGCCCGGCGACCAAUCGAGUUGUGGAAGUGCCCCACGGCAAUAUCGUGAUGCACCACUUGUUCAUCUCGUCGCACAUGUUUGAGGAGCAUCUCAUGGACCGCUACGCAGAGGCACUGAAGGAAGUGCACCUGCGCGAAGUAAAGGAUUGA